AGCUACCUCUCUCAACGCACCUACCUUGACGGAGCAAGAUGUCUAGUGCGGACGUAGACGAAGUCAGCCCGUACGAGCUGCUAGGCUUAUCUCUCGAAGCCACCGAUGCCGAGAUUCGCACAGCGUACAGACAACGCUCCCUGAAAGUCCAUCCAGACAGGAAUCGCGGCAACCCAGACGCCGCGCGGAAAUUCCAUGAACUCAACCAGGCCUAUGAGCUCCUUCUCGAUCCCCUCCGCCGCAUGGCGCUGGACGCCAAGCAGCGGGUGAAGGAAGCCCGUAAAGCGCGUUUCGCCUCAUACGACGCAAAGCGUAAAGGUCUCGUGGAGGAGCUGGAAGCCAGCGAGCGCGCAUUCAAGAAGGCGAAGCUCGAGAAGGAAGGUGAAGAGCGGGCUCGAUGGCUCGAGAAUGAACGUAUCAUGGACGAGGGACGGCGAUUACGUGAGGAGCGUGAGAGAGCACUCAGGAAGAGGGAGGAAGAGCUGCUCACUGCGGAAAAGGCGAACGCAAGUGAGAAUGAGCCUCCUGCAGUCGGUACGCUGGACACCACUGUCCGACUGAAGUAUCAAUUACCCGCACAUCCUGAACUCACCACACCCUCCGCUCUUAGUACACUCCUUUCGCCCUUCGGCAGCGUCGAUGACUCUGCCAUCGUGAUCUCCUUGAAGCCCUCACCACCCAAGAAGCCAAAACGCGUGACUGCUCUGGUAGCAUUCAAACAAAUUGGCGGAGCAUUCGCGGCAGUAUGCAGCAGCGGACGUUCUGAGAACGGGCUCACAAGCAUUGAGGUCGAUUGGGCCGAAGGCAAGGAGCCCGAGCUGAUAGGUUGGUUGAUUAAAAUGGGCAAACUCGCUCCACCGAGCUCGCGUUCCACGCAAUCACCGCCCUCUGCCAAUCAGCGGCAAGAUGCGCCCAGUUCCACAACUGCAGCCUCAGCCCCUCUUUUCUCUUCAUUCCCUUCUACCUUUCCUGACCUCGACGCUUUACCAAAUGCAUCCGCAGCCACCCCUGCGGUUCCUGGCUUAGACUACGAAUCUCUCACCCUGAUGCGUCUGCGACAAGCAGAGCGUACUCGCAUGGAGAAGGAGAUCCGUGAACGGGAAGCGGCAGAAGAGUAAGCGUCAGAUACUGUAGCCAAGGUUUACCGUACUGUGUAGCUGAGUGUGACCGCACUGGAGAUAACUGUUAUUCCUUGAAUCUGGUGCUUGGGGGAGAUGCAACAGGUAAAGAUAGAUUGUAAAUGGUCGUAUAUGAGUGAAGGAGCUACAGGAUGCGAUAAACGAAGGGGACUGGUUCGC